AAUAGUAAUCCAACGAAAAGCAUAGCCAUGUCAUCGAGUGUGCUGACCACGAGCCACGACCUAUUCCCCACCACCAUCAACACGGCCACGAAGAUAUUUCGCUACCAGCACAUAAUGCCGGCUCCCAGUCCAUCAUCGCAUCCCGUUGGCAAUCAGAAUCAGCCUGGUGCCGGUGGCAUGGCCAUCAAGACCCGCAAGUAUACGCCCAGGGGCAUGGCUCUGGCCAGAUCCUCCUCCGAUUCGGUAUCAUCCAUAUCGCCUGGCUCCUCGCCGGCUCCCUACAAUGUGGACCAAUCCCAGUCGGUGCAGCGGCGCAAUGCUCGGGAGCGGAAUCGUGUGAAGCAGGUGAACAACAGCUUCGCCAGACUGCGCCAACAUAUACCGCAGUCGAUCAUCUCGGAUCUGACCAAGGGCGGUGGUCGAGGACCCCACAAAAAGAUCUCCAAGGUGGACACUUUGCGCAUUGCCGUCGAAUAUAUCCGGCGGCUUCAGGAUCUGGUGGAUGAUCUGAAUGGAGGACCCAGUGGUAAUUCAGUGGCCAGCAAUGCCGUCACCCAGCUGCAACUCUGUUUGGACGACGAGUCCAGCAGUCACAGUUCCAGCAGCAGUACUUGCAGCUCCUCGGGGCACACUAACUACUAUCAGAGCACCACGACUACUGCCGGCCACAAUCCUCUCCAGCAGCAGCAGCAGUUGCAGAGGCAACAGUUCAAUCACCAGCCACUGACGGCCAUCUCACUGAACAGCAAUCUGGUGGCCACAUCCCUGCCAGGUGGAAAUGGAGCCGCAUCUGGAGGAGCAGUCAUCACCGCCAACAACCAGCAAACCUGCCACUCGCCCACCUCCUCCUUCAACUCCAGCAUGUCCUUCGAUUCCGGCACCUACGAGGCAGCUCCCCAGCAGCUAUCCAAUCACUUGGAUCACCUGGAUCACCUCGAUGCCGAGGGACACACCCACUCGCAGCUCCAGCUGAAGUUCGAGCCCUACGAACACUUUCAACUGGACGAGGAGGACUGCACGCCCGACGAUGAGGAGAUUUUGGACUACAUUUCUCUGUGGCAGGAGCAGUGA